AGCGGCCGCUCCCUUCGUGUGGGCCCCACCAGCCGCCAUGUUGCUCCGCCGGGUCCCCGCCGCCGCUGUCGCGAUAUGCCGCGGGCUGGCGACAGGGCCCCGACAGGGGCGGCAGCUGCUGAUGCGGCAGCUGUUCGAAUCCUCCUCCUGCACCUACACCUACGUCCUGGCCGACGGGGCCUCGGGCGACGCCGUCGUCAUCGACCCCGUGCUGGAAACGGUGCCCCGGGACCUGCAGCUGCUGCGGGAGCUGCGCCUCAACCUCAGAUACGCAGUGAACACCCACUGCCACGCCGACCACGUGACGGGCUCGGGGUCCCUGGUCCGGGCCCUCGGCGGCCGCAGCGUCAUCUCCAGGGCCAGCGGGGCCAGGGCCGACCUCCUGCUCAGCGACGGAGACCACAUCGAAUUCGGGGACUUCGCCCUGCGGGUGGUGGCCACCCCCGGGCACACCCCCGGCUGUGUCACCCUGGUGCUGGACGAUGACUCGAUGGCCUUCACCGGGGACGCGCUGCUGGUGCGGGGCUGCGGCAGGACCGACUUCCAGGGGGGCUGCCCCCGCACCCUGCACCGCUCGGUGCACGAGAGGAUCUUCACCCUCCCCGAGAGCUGCCGCAUCUACCCCGGCCACGACUACAGGGGCCACACGAUGUCCACGGUGGGGGAGGAGCGGCGGCUCAACCCCCGCCUGACGCUGAGCCCCGACGAGUUCGUGACGCUGAUGGAGGGGCUCAACCUGCCCCGGCCCCGCCUCAUCGACGUGGCCGUUCCCGCCAAUCUCCGCUGCGGGAUCCAGGACGAGCCGUAGCCCCGCCCCCCCUCGGGCCUGGCCCCGCCCACCGGGACGAAGCCGCACUCCUUGGAUGGAGCCACGCCCCUCGUGGCAGGACCACGCCCAUCUCCAGAUGUGACCACACCCCCUCGGAGCUGGCCCCACCCCCUUCAGCGGCCACGCCCCUUCCCCCCAAAUAAAGGCGUUGAUCCAGAA